GCGAAGCUUUUGCUUGACCCAACAUGGAGAGAGAAGCGGAGCAGGUCCGUGUGUUGAACCGCGGCAUCCUUCGGUUCUACCCAUCCCCUGGUACAGACAGCGAAGCAGAUGCAGGUCGAUCUACGUCGCUGGACAAGACAAACCCACAAUGCAUCGCACACUCCAACCAAUUCGGCAUGACAGUCGUGACUGUCCCAGGUGGUCUUGGCAUCACGCGCUUUGCAACGUUAGAAGUUGCAACCAAAGAAAGCGUGGACAAGAAGGACAACAACAUGGACCCGCUUGUUGACAUGCCGUUCGAUGCUCAUGUGUCUCUACCGACUACGCCGCAUGUGUUGUCGUUGUCCCCGUCCCAGACACUCCUGGCCGUUGCCUUCGAUUCGUCCCUCGCCAUCUACGAGCUUUCUCGCCUCGUCGACGACGACCCUCUUCCAUCUAGUCUUAUUAAUGGCGCCGAUGUCCUUGCCUUGUCGUGGAGCGCCCAUCUCGACGAGUCCGGGGACGACCUUUGGCUUGCUGUCCUCACGUCCACCCGUCAAAUCCAUGUGUACAGCAUUCAAGGCAACUUGGAGUGCGUCGAAAGCACUAUCGAAGCAACGUCCCAUUGCUGGAGCCCGUGCAAUAGCAUUCUUGCCGUGGGCGACGACGAAGGGGUUAUCCACAGGCUGACGUUCCAAGAUGGAGCAUUCAGCGAACUCGAUACGCUGGAAAAUCCAGAAAACACCGACAACGCGCCAGUCCAUCACAUCAAUUGGGCCGAAGCAGAUCUCCUCCUGGCCGGCUACCGCCGCGGCGACCCCGACGACGUGGAAGUGUCGUCGUGUCUCUUUGAAGACGGGAAUCCCAUUCCACUCGACUCCCUUGUCGACUUCUUCCCGAACAGCGACGCGCCGCGUGACCAUGCAUUCUACUCGUGCUACUUGCCUGCGUGGCGAAUGUUUUUUGUCGGUUGUUCGCUGAGCACGGACAUUGAGCUCCUUGUAUGCGACCCCGACACUUGCGAGUGGCAAAAGUGGAAACCCGAGGAGAGAUAUACCCCGCGCCUCCCCAUGAACGCAGCCGAUGAAGACACGUUUCCUGUCGGCAUGACGCUGAUUCUCAAUUCUACCACCGAUAUCGUUGGCAUCGACGAUUUCACGUACGCUCCGUGCCCGUUGGUGCUGUGCGCGACCACGGACGGCCUCGCCCUCAACUUUGCCUUGUUGGAUGUGUCGGUCGGCGAAGCGCUCGACUUUUUGAUGCCCGUCGUCGACCUCCCUCUGGCGACUCGCCCCACCGUGGCCGUAUCGCGCGCCGUCACCCUAAGCCCAGACGAAGAACAGGACAGUCAGCCCAUUGUGUUUGACGUGUCGACUACCGCCCCGUCGUUUACGUUCAAUCCAGAAGCACCUGGAACAACGCGUACUUUUGGCCAAGACACUGAAAAUGUUUUCAACGAAGACAGCGACGACGAAGACGAAGCGCGAGAACGAGCAGAGGAGCAUGCCAAGGCGUCGGACGCGUUUGACGCAGUCGACACACGAGGCGAAGGAACAAUACCCCUGACGGAUUUUGAAAAGCUCUUUGACGCGCUGGGCACGGUCUACUCCGCGGAAGAACACACAAAUACCAUCCGGAAACUGGACCGCAAGGGCGUGGUGCGCAAGGACGACUUUGUCGCGUGGUACGUGGACUGGAUCAUGGCCGACAUCGACGACGACUGCAGCGACGGCGACGCGACCCACGGCGACAACGACAACACUUCAGGUGUCAUGAAGUCGGAUGCGGAGAUCUUGGCGCUGCGCGAAAGGUUUCGACCACAGGAAGGAAGCUGGAAGUGCGAGGAGUGUAUGGUUUUGAACACGGUGGCAGGGGCAGCGCGGUGCGUGUCGUGCGAGACUCCGAAUCCAGCAGCAAAGGCAACGCCAAAGGUGUCUGCUGGCUUUGCCGCAUUCGCUGCCCCUCCUGGAGAGUUCAAAGGGUUCUCGUUUGGAGUUCCGUCUGGAACGACGCCGACUCCCGUUGCUACAUCUGCCACGUCGGGCGGAUUUCAGUUUGGAGUGUCGGCGCCUCCAACGGGUGUGCGUCCUUCAUUUUCUGGUGCUGAAGGGUUUAGCUUUGGGGUGUCCACCGCAGUGCCGGUGCCGACAGCUCCAGCACCAGGAGGUUUCUCCUUUGGUGUUGCCCCACCAACUAAGCAAGACUCAUCGACGACGGUCCAACGUGAAGAAAAAAGUGUCGUGAACGAUACGGACAACGUGUUCAAGGCGGACGAUGCUUCGGACGACGAAGAGGAGGAGCGGAGAGAAGAAGAAGCGAAAGCAUCGGCUGCAUUCGAUACGGUGGACACUGCAAAAAGUGGGAAAAUCCCUGCCGCUAACUUUGACAAGAUCUUUGAUGCGCUCGGGACGGUGUAUUCGGCGGACGAACACAAGAAAACUCUGGCCAAAUUGAACCACGACGGGUUUGUCUUGAAGAAGGAAUUUCUAGCGUGGUAUGUCGAUUGGAUCUUCUCUGAAUUUAGCGACGACGAUCACGACGACGUCGACAAGAAUACCGCAGUCCCUGACUAUGAUCCACACGCCAAGAUCAAGUCGGAGACGGAAAUUAAAGCUGCUUUUGACAAAUUCAAGGGUCCUCCUGGGAGCUGGAAGUGCCCUGAAUGCAUGAUCAUGAACAAAGACGAAAAGGCGCUGCAAUGUGCUUCGUGCGAAGCGCUGAACCCGAAUGCCCCGACCCCAGCUGCCACUGCCCCCACGACUCCUGGUGGGUUUUUCUUUGGCGUGUCCAAGCCCAGUGCCGACCCCACCACGGCACCAGUCAAUACACCCACUUUUUCCUUUGGCGUCCCGGCGUCGGAUUCUGUUGCUACGACUAAAACUACCUUUGAUUUCGGUGGCGCCAAGGGUGCCAGUCCAUCGUUUUCGUUUGGAGUACCUCCAGCCCCCGCAGUUGCUAAGAAUGCGUCCGCCGACGACGGCGGCUAUGGGAAAGACACGGACAACGUCUUUACCAACGACGAUAGCGACGGCGAUGAUGACGAAGAAGAACGCCAAGAAGAGUUGAAAAAAGCUAGCGACGCCUUUGACCAAGUCGACACGGAUACCGUGGGGCAUAUCUCAGUCUCAAAAUUUGAAAACCUAUUCGACGCGCUCGGCACGGUCUAUGCAGCUGACGAACACAAAAGGACACUGGAGAAACUCAAUCGAGAUGGACAAGUGUGGAAAUCGGACUUUGUCGCGUGGUAUGUCGAAUGGAUCUUUGCCGAAUUGGACAGUGAUCACGACGACGAUCAAGAAAAGCACUCUGUACCGGACUUCGACCCCAACGCCAAGAUGAAGUCGACAGAAGAGAUUCGUGCGGCCCUGGGCAAGUUCACCAAGCCUGCUGGAAGCUGGACGUGCGACGUUUGCAUGGUCUCCAACCCUGAUGCAAAAGCAACCAAGUGCGCCGCAUGCGAAUCACCGAAUCCUUGUUUGCCCAGUCAACCUGCAAAAACGUCAACCGGCGCAGUGACAUCGGCAUUUGGCGGGAUUUCCUUUGGCGUGGUGCCGUCACCCUGCGACAAAAAAUCCGGGAUCACGACUGAAGCACCUUCUACCACGAAGAAAACGAAUUCGUUUGAGGCGAUUAGCUUUGGCGCGGGAAAUGCUUUUCCAGCCACGAAAGAGUUCACGUUCCCAGUGCCAACACCAGCGACCAAAGCGCCAGAUGCGGUCGUUGCUAUGAAUACAACAACGUCAUUAGGCUCAGGCUACCCCCAAGACACGAGCACAAAACCAACAGUAACAUUUGACGCCUCUGCUGCUCCGAAGGCCUCGUCGGCCUACCCCCCUGACACAAGCUCCAAACCACCUGUUACAUUUGGUGCGUCUGCUACGAAGAAGGCCACGUCAGCUUAUCCCCCAGACACGAGCUCGAAACCUACCGUGGCAUUCGGCGCCUCUGCUGCCCCGAAGGCCUCGUCGGCCUACCCCCCUGACACGAGCUCAAAACCCACCGUAGCUUUCGGUGCCUCGGCCCCAAAGGCUGCAUCGGGGGUUUUCCCACACACAAGCUCGAAGCCUACCAUUCCAUUCGGGAAUGGAGGCAACUUAACGGGCCUUUCCGCUGCUACAACAACCAAGGCGCCAUCGCUUGGCGUAGCAACCUCGCUCAAGUUUGGUGGCGCCUCUACCCCUUCGUCUUCCGUGCUAACACCACUAGCUACGAAACCAAAAGACUCCAACACAAUCCAGCUCGAGAAAGCCAUGCCAGCAACCGCGCUUGAAGGCGAGAUGUGGAACUUGAUCAAUGUUUUUGAUCAAACGUUUCAAUCGAUCCGUCGCAAUGACGCCAAUUUCGUCGCGGCCACAUGCGAAUCGGAAUCGAACUUCAUCCAGCCCUUGAAAAACUUGCGGUCGAAAGUGCGGGGCCUGUGCGACAUGAUGGACAAACUGAACGAUUCGUUCAACGUUCUCGAGACCGACGUCAAAGUGAUUGUGGGCAACUGCAGCGACAUCGAAGUCCAAAUCGAAUGCUCGAAAAACUUGCUUCGGGCCAUGAACGACAAGACUGUGAUCGCAUUCUUGGAAGAUCAGCCAUUAGACAAGCGGUCCCAGAACACACGAACCGCGCUGCGGACGCAGCUGGAUGCAAUCGAUAGGAUGCGUGUGGAGCUGGAAAAGCACGUGCUCGCGUUGAAGAAAUCUGCUUCGUCCGCCGACGCGACAAGCACCAAAACGAAUGACGCCGCUCAGUUGUUCCGUGUGCUGAAGCUGAACUACGACACGUCGAAGCGAGAGUACACGCGCGUGUUGGAGCUCACGGAAGCACUCAAACAAUUGGAAGGCAAGCACCAGCAAUACACCCGAACCGCACCCAAGCCUGCUCGCCCCGUCGCGACCAAGGACCUGUUAAAGCAGUUGCGCCAGCACGACGACACUCUACCAGCGUUCCGAUCGAAUUUGGUGAAGUGGACCAGUCAACCGAUCGUUCCGCGGGAAGUGUCUGCACCUGUCAAGCGCCGCCCUCUCCGAGACACUCUAGCGCCGUCGAAACCCGCCCCAGAAGUUCCUCCGCGCGUUGCGAGCAAGCUCAUGUUUGGAGCGAAAACCACGAUCCCGACUCAAGUCACAGAAGCGGGGAAUGGCGUAACGUUUUCCAAACCGGUGGUGGUGGACGGCACUCGGAAGUUGUCCGUCGAAGCAGAAAAAACACCAAAAUCCGUCACGUUUUCGGCGUCGACCAAGCCUGGUGCGUUUGGCUUUGAGCCUGCCAAGCAUCCUUCGUCGACCGCGGCCAAGCCGAGCAGCAUUCGGCCCAACCUGUCGUUCAUGAAGACGGACGACGAUGAAGAAGAAAAAACUGCGUCGCCCCGAGUGCGAAAAAUGUCGACGAGCAGCCGAAAUGGAACCCCUGACAGAUCUUCAAAGUCGCCAAAUGUGGCCCCCAUGGCGGCUCCAUUAAAUGUCAAGCCGCUCGACUUUAGCGCAAAGCCAAAGGACUCUGGCAUGUCUGCGUUCUCGUUUACUCCUUCGAUUUCAAAGCCACCCGCUACACCAGGAGCACCGGGCAAGGCUGCCUCGACGACUCCAUCCGCCUCUGCCGCCGUAGACUUUGGGGUCAAGCCCAAGGACGCCGGUGUGCACACAUUGUCGUUUACGCCGACCAUUUCGAAGCCACCUGCAACACCAGGAACACCGACCAAGGAUUCCGCGACGACUUCAUCCACGACUACCACAAGUGCCUCUAACUUGAUCGAGCGCCUGAAAUCGUUUUAUGCAGAGUACGCCCCUGGCAAGAGCACGGCAGCAGCGGAAAAGAUGAUUGCGCAAAACCCAGGAAAAGAAGAGGACGUAUUCCACAAGCUUCUGCAAAAAUAUGUGAGCAAGGAUGCCACGGUCGCCCAAGCCAAAGAGUACAUGGCGUCUGGAAAAGUCCCUGAUGCGUUAAAGAGUGCUUCUGCAGCGGAGAAGCCAUCCCCAUUCGGCAAGACCAGUGCGGCAACUGCACCGGCCACACCAAGUCCUUUUGGAACCGCUUCUACAGCAUCCUCUACGUUCGGGUCAUUUGGGACGACAAAUGCCGCAGCUAAACCACCAGCAGCGGCUGCUUCUCCAUUCGGAGGAAACAGUUCAUUUAGUGCAACCGCCACAGCUGCUAGCAGUCCGUUCGGUGCAACGUCACCUGCAUCGCCAAGUCCUUUCGGCACCACGACAUCUACCCCACCCGCUGCCAGUCCUUUUGGAGCGGCACCGGCAACACCUGCGUGGCCUUCCUCUCAGACGGCCGCCGCGGCCCCGUUUGGGACUCCAUCAGCAUUUGGCGUUGAUUAUCGCUCCAAAGUUGUCGAGUUUUACAAGAAGCACAACCCAGACAAGUUGGCCGAAGUCGACACAGUGCUACAAAAGUACAAGGGCAAAGAAGAGGAACUGUUAAAGAAACUAGAAGCCAAGUACAACAAGCCUCAAAAUGUCGCUGGUGUGUUUGGCGGGUCGAGCCCGUUUGGUGCAAACGCUUCGACCACCCCGGCGUUUGGGUCGACUCCGAGUCCGUUCGGCGCGGGUCAACCGGCUGCCUCGGGCUUCGGGUCGGCUUCCCUAUUUGGAGCGGCUGCCACGACUACCUCUUCCCCUGGAUUUGGAAAUCCAACGCCGAGUCCUUUUGGAGCAACCACAGCGGGAUCUCCUGGUUUUGGAGUGACAAGUCCUUUUGGUGCGGCCGGUGGCGCUCAGUCCACCGCAACACCAGCGUUUGGUUCGACAACACCGUUGGGUGGUGGAUUUGGGAACACGCCUGCUGCUUCACCAGCAUUUGGUGCCACGUCUGCGAUGGGCGGGACCGCAGCCCCUGCUUUUGGAGCGACCACGGCCUUGGGUGGUGCGACAACCGCGCCUGCAUUUGGAGCCACAACGUCAUUGGGUGGUUCGGUUGGUGGUUUUGGAGGCUUGGGCGCGUCUGCGCCAAAGUUUGGCGCACCAUCGACGUUGGGAAGUGGUGGCGGGUUCUCGUCGUUUGCGGCCACGUCUGGCGCCACCCCAAGCUUUGGAUUUGGUAGUCAAACGUCGUCGUCUACAGCCCCUGCAUUCGGCGGCGGUGGAUUUGGAGCGGGCGGGUUUGCCGGCUCGAGUUUUACGCAAGCUCGUCGAUAGGGUCGGCCUCGUGUUCUUUAUUCAGAAACAUUGCAUCGUUUGUGUUGAACA